AGGCUCCCUGGUGCCCCGCCCCCUGCAUUUUUUCCCCAGUUGCUGGGAGGGAAAAUCAGAAAAAAAGGAGGCAAACACACGCAAAUAUAUUUAUUUUUUUUUUAUUUUUGUAAGAAUGAGCAACUACACCGUGACCCUCAAGGGACCGGCACCAUGGGGCUUCCGACUGCAAGGAGGGAAGGAUUUCAACAUGCCCCUCACCAUCUCUCGGAUCACACCUGGCAGCAAGGCGGCGUUGGGCAACCUCAACCCAGGUGACAUCAUUGCGGCCAUCGACGGGGCCAGCACAGAGGGCAUGACCCACCUGGAGGCUCAGAACAAGAUCAAGGGGGCCACCCUCAACCUGGCGCUCACCAUGCAGAGGUCAAAGCGCCCAGCGCCUGUCCCCACGGCAACCCCGAGAAUGGACUCUCCCAUGCCUGUCAUCCCUCACCAGAAGGUCAUUGCCAACACUGCCGCCACCAAUGAGUAUGUCCCCAGCUUCAACCCCAGUGUGCUGAAGGACUCCGCCCUCUCCACUCACAAGCCAAUCGAGGUGAAGGGUCCUGGUGGCAAGGCCACCAUAAUCCACGCCCAGUACAACACCCCCAUUAGCAUGUACUCCCAGGAUGCCAUCAUGGAUGCCAUCGCUGGCCAGGCCCAGGCCAGGGGAAAUGAGAUGUCCGGUGAGGAAGGCCCGGCCAUCUCUCCCCUGGCUACACUGCCCGUUAAAGACCGCCUGAUAGACAGCGCCUCCCCAGUCUACCAGGCAGUGAUAAAGACAGAGGAGAAGGACCCUGACCUGGCCGAGUGGGCCCGCCGCGCGGCCAACCUGCAGUCCAAGUCCUUCCGCAUCCUCGCCCACAUCACGGGCACCGAGUACAUGCAAGACCCAGAUGAAGAGGCUCUGAGAAAAUCGAGGGAAAGGUUCGAAUCGGAAGUCAAAGGCCCGCGAUAUGCCAAGUUGAAAAACUGGCACCACGGUCUAUCGGCACAAAUCCUUAAUGUGCAGGAGUAAACUGCCCUGUGUAGGCCAGGCGGGCAGAGCAACCACAUGUGGUGAUGAUGAUGAUGACGACGACGACGAUGAUGAUGAUGAUGAUGAUGAUGAUGAUGAUGAUGAUGGAGCGAUGAGUAGAGCAGAGGGAGGAGGAGAAGAGGAAAACAGGAGUAUCUGCAACUGGAAUGUGUGUUAGAGUGGUAGAGUAGCUCACAAGAAAACAUGAAAAGCUUGAGCCCUGAGUGCUUCUUCUUCACUGGUUAAGUGUUUUCUGUUCAUGUAUCCUUCAGCCACUGUAAGUACGUAUCCUUCCGCCAGUAUGAAUAAUAUAGUUCUCAGCUCCUUGUUUUCUUUUUUCUUUUUUUUUUUGGCCUUUCUGCUGAUCCUGACUGCAACAUAACUAAGACUGUACAAAAAAGCACAAAAAAUGCAAAGUAUAGAAAGACACUUUUCUUCCUGACUUUGUUGAAUUUUCCCACAUAUUAAGAAUAUUAUCAUGAAUGUGAAUAAAAGCAAUACCACUUUAAAUGAAAUUAACCACAA